AUGUCAGGCAAACGAAAACGAGGCUCUUCCUUCGCCGGCGAUCCCAGCCUCCCUCCACCUUCGGCGCAAGCCAUCAACCCUCACAGCUAUCCGCCUGCCAAGCUUGUGCAGUUUGCUGUUGCAGGUCUGUCAGACGCCGAUGAAGAUCCGUCCCAGGAAAUCAAAGACUUUCCGCACCGUGGAUUCAGCCACAAGCCUGCCGACUCGGCAUUAGAAUCCGACAAUGAAGCAGGGCUGGGGGAGGACAGCGAUGUAGAGUCGAAGCAAACGAGAGCGCCAGACGCGCGUGCACUACAUUUGACCGUCCUCAUCAGAUCAAUACAUCAGUUACUCGGCCAAGGCAACGUUUACAAGGCAGCCCGCGCUUUUGGUCUGGCCCUGCAACUGCGGCCUCAGUCCCGCCCGGUCGAUAUUCGCAAAGACAAUCUGUGGGCUCUCGGCGCAGAAGUCAUUAUGCGCGAAGGCGAGGAGCAGCGCAACGAUCUCCGGCGGAACCAGAAUCGUGUAGAGCGCCGCAAAGAUGAGCUUUAUCAGAUGAUUGCGGGAGAUGGGCCUCGGAUUCCUUUGCGCUGGGGUUCCGCAGCCAACAUGAACAAGCUGAGAGCCUACCUCGAGACGUUGAUCCGGCAGUAUCCUUAUGACCCCAAGGCUCCAAAGAAGGUAUCCGCGCUGCAUUUCAACAUUAGUCUGUACAGCGCUGAGAUCUACAACAUUUACGCGGAGCACACGACAGGGCUCCUUGGGGUGGACGCGGACGCGGACGUGGAUGUGGACGACUCCUUGGUAGAUGAGAGCCUGGUCGGCGACGAUGCCGGCUUGCGAUUGGAGACGCUACUGGAAGACGAGAGCUUCCACGUCACGCAGACGCGACACCAAGACGCAGCGUUGCAUUCCAAGGACAAGGUCCGGACGCGAACCCUAGCUGCCAUCAAGGCCGUGGUGGCGCACAUGGACAAUCUGAUGCGAGACUUGCCCUACACCAAGAACCACGAGAUGUUGCGACUGCGCGCCGCCGCUUCACUGUUCAUGGCCGACUUGGUGGUCCCGUUUGACGAGACGGCCAACCCGGAACUGCACGACGUCAAGGAGCAACGACGGCGGGAUAUUGAGGUCGCCAGACGGGCGCUCCAGACGGUUUUGGAAAGCGGCGGGACUUUAGACGAAGCGUCCCGCGACUUGGUCGAGUCGGACGACGUGGACGAGAGCUUGCCGAUGACGUCUCAGAUUUAUUCCGCGCUUCCCAUUCGCAACGCUGAGCUAUUUAGGACAGAAAUGACCAACACACGAGAAGUGGACUUGGGCUAG